UUGCGAAUAUGAUGAAAACCUAAAUGCGGUUUACUGCCAACAAAUACCAGCAAUUGCAAGUCGUUUAAGCUCGCAGUCUUAGUUGCCCGUGAUUAUGGUGUUGAUGACAAACCCAAAAAUCGUUUCUUCUUUUAUCGUCUCCCAUCACCUCAAAAAAUUCAAAGGUUCCUUCACUACUCAUUCUUCCCUUCUUUUUUGUAGAAAUCCUUCUUCAAUUUUGGAAUUCAGUAUCGGAAUCUGCUCCCCCAAAACGAUUUUAAGUUGAUUUCUUUCAGCCUUUUCUUCUAGUCCUCGAAGACUGCAUAAUAAUUAUCAAUCUAUGUUUGAAAAUAUCGACGAUGCCCUCAAACUGUUUGAUGAAAUGACACAGAGGCAACCUCUGCCAUCUGUUGUUAAAUUCAACCAAUUGUUGCAAGCUGUUACCAAAAUGAAACACUAUUCUUGUUCAGUUGAACUUUUUAAGCAAAUGAACGUCAUUCGUAUUCCUGUAGAUGUGUACACUAUUACCAUUGUGAUAAAUAGUUGUUGCCAAAUGUAUCAUACCAGAGAAGGUUUUGCAGUCCUAGGCUAUGGCCUCAAACAUGCGGUUUUACCAAAUGUCUGGACUUUCAGUACACUAUUAAAUGGACUCAUCCUAGAAGAUAAAAUCAUCAAAGCAGAAAGGUUAUUCAAGAAACUGAUAAAAAAGGAACUUUUUGAACCUGAUACAAUCAUGUACAACACUAUGAUUAAAGGGCUUUGCAAAUUUGGCAUUAAUGAUACAGCCAUUGCUUUGCUUAAACUAAUGGAUGAAAGGGGUUGUAAACCUGAUGUGGUCACAUAUACCACCAUCAUUGAUAGUCUUUGCAAGGUCAAAAUGGUAGAUGAUGCUUUGAAGCUCUUCAAAGAAAUGGUUUUCCACAAAUACAUCCAACCUAAUGUUGUCACUUACAACUCUUUGAUUCAUGGACUUUGUAACUUAUGUCGUUGGGAUGAGGUCUCUAAAAUGCUCCAAGAAAUGAAAGAGGAAAAGAUCUCUCCAUGUGUUGAAACAUAUAAUAUAUUAGUUGAUGCGCUUUGCAAAGAAGGAAUGGUGGAAGAUGCAAAUGGUGUGAUCAAGUUAAUGAUCCAGAGAGGGAUUGAUCCUGAUGUUGUGACAUACACUUCACUUAUUGAUGGGUAUUGUUUGCGAGGUGAAAUGAGCAAAGCUAGGGAAGUUUUUGAUUCGGUUGAAAUUCAUGGUGUGGUCCCUAAUAUUAUUACUUAUAGUAGUUUAUUGAAUGGGUAUUGUAAAAAUUUAAAGAUAGAAGAUGCCAUGCAUUUGUUUCAUGAAAUGAUUAAAAAAGAUAUGAAACCCGAUGUAAUCACUUACACCACCAUGUUACAAGGAUUGUUUCGAGUUGGACAUUGUAAAGAUGCAUAUGAUCUCUUUAAUGAGAUGCGAGCACACAACGAGAUUCCAGAUGAAUACACUUACACAAUAGUUUUGGAGGGUCUAUGCAACAACAAUCAAGUGGAGGAAGCACUCUCUUUGUUUCAUUUGAUGGGUGACAACAAGCUAAAUUUGGAUAUCGUUGUGUACACCAUACUUAUUGAUGGUGCAAGUAAAGGUGGGAAGAUUGAUAUUGCAAGGAUUCUUUUCAAUGAGGUAAGUGUUAAAGGUUUGCAACUUGAUGUUUGGACAUAUAAUGUGAUGAUUAGUGGUUUUUGUCAGGAAGGUCUUGUGGGGGAAGCAAAAAAAUUGUUUUAUACAAUGGAAACGAAUGGUUGUCCGCCAGAUAGUGUGACUUGCAAUGUUUUUCUCCAAGGAAUUCUCAAAAACCAACAACAUGAUUUGGUAGAGAUGCUUUUAAAAGAAGUGGAAGGAAGAGGUUUCACACUUGAUGCUACAACUGUAUCACUAUUACUUGAUCAUAUCAAAGCUAGGUAUUUAGAUGCUUCUUUGCUUAAGUUGAUUGGUAAACUUGUGCCAAAGGAAGGAGUUGAUGCUCCUUGUUUUACAGUGUAGAUGGUAUUUGGUUUUCUAAAAGGUAUGCUUUACAGUGUAUUGUAUUCUCACAACAACUUUGCGUUAUCUAUUUCAUUGGUUAUGUAAAAAAAUUGCAACAAUUUUUCAUUUUAGGCCAAAACAGUUAAAUGUAUUUUUUUUUUGCCGGUUGUAAGCAAAAAUUGU